AUGUUUAAGUUCAUCUGGAAUGAGCUUGACCCUGUCACAGGUCUCAUUGCACAUGCUGGCGUUUCUGUCGUGAAGCCUGCUCUUGCACUCACCACGGAGGACUUCAACUACGUGUAUAAUGUCAAUGUCCUCGGCGUAUUCAACAGCGCCGUGGCUAUUGCAAAGCUUUGGAAAGGGACAAACCUUGAGAACCUUUCCAUUGUGAUCUCGUCCCCCAUCAGCUCGCGGAUCAUUGACCAAGCUGCGACAAACGAACCCUUGACGCAGGUCUUUUACAACUCCUCUAAGGCCGCUGUCUCCAGCUUUACCAAGGUGUUGGCUGCUGAGUGGGCUCAGGCUGAACAUAACAUCAGAGUGAACGAAAUUGCUCCUGAAUAUGUGAAGUCGGACCAAACUGAUAAUUUACCGGACAAAAUCAGACAACAAAUGGACGACCAUCCCUGGAGAAAAUUCGCUACGAUCGCAGACCAGGCACUUUUCCUCUUGUCUGAGGACUCCAAUUACAUUACUGGCAGGGGGCAUCGCAUUGACGGACGAAAAUAUUUGGGUGACUACAUUGAAAGGGGUUAA